CUGACCUAAUCAUUCCCACCUCCGUCCUUCUGCCAGGGCCCCGUCUCUCUGCCUCUUGCUCCCACCAUGUCGUGCCGCUCCUUCCAACAGGGCUCCAGAUGUGGCAGCCGGAGCUUCAGCUCCUGCUCUGCCGUCCUCCCUCGAAUGGUCACCCACUAUGCAGUGAGCAAGGGGCUGUGCCGGCCCGGGGGCAGUGGGGGCCUCCGUGCCCUGGGCUGCCUCGGCUCCCGGAGCCUGUGCAAUGUGGGCUUUGGGAGGCCCCGGGUCGCCUCCAGAUGUGGCCUGCCUAGCUUUGGGUACCGAGUGGGCACCGCCUGCGGGCCUUCUGCCUGCAUCACCCCCGUCACAAUCAAUGAGAGCCUGCUUGUCCCACUCGAGCUGGAGAUCGACCCGUCGGUGCAGAGGGUGAAGAGGGAUGAAAAGGAGCAGAUCAAAUGCCUCAAUAACCGCUUUGCCUCCUUCAUCAACAAGGUCCGGUUCCUGGAGCAGAAGAACAAGCUCCUGGAGACCAAAUGGAACUUCAUGCAGCAGCAGAGGUGCUGCCAGAACAACAUCGAGCCCAUCUUCGAGGCCUACAUCUGCGCUCUUAGGAGGCAGCUGGACUGUGUGGCCGGGGACCGGGCCCGGCUGGAGUCGGAACUCUGCAGUGUCCAGGAAACGCUGGAGGCCUAUAAGAAAAAAUAUGAAGAGGAGCUCUCCCUGCGGCCCUGUGCUGAGAAUGAGUUCGUUGCCUUGAAGAAGGAUGUGGACACGGCCUUCCUGAAAAAGGCUGACCUGGAGACCAACACGGAGGCUCUGAUCCAGGAGCUCGACUUCCUGAGAAGCCUGUAUGAUGAGGAGAUCUGCCUGCUCCAGUCUCAGAUCUCAGAGACCUCGGUCAUCGUGAAGAUGGACAAUAGCCGGGAGCUGGACGUGGAUGGCAUCAUUGCCGAGAUCAAGGCCCAGUACGACGAAAUCGCCAGCCGCAGCAAAGCGGAAGCAGAGGCCUGGUACCAGGGCCGGUAUGAGGAGUUGCGACUAACAGCUGGGAACCACUGUGACAACCUCCGCAACCGCAAGAACGAGAUCCUGGAAAUGAACAAGCUGAUCCAGCGGCUGCAGCAAGACAUUGAAAAUGUGAAAGCCCAGCGCUGCAAACUGGAGGGUACCAUAGCUGAGGCUGAGCAGCAGGGUGAGGCGGCCCUCAACGAUGCCAAGUGCAAGCUGGCAGGGCUGGAGGAGGCCCUGCAGAAGGCCAAGCAGGACAUGGCCUGCCUGCUCAAGGAGUACCAGGAGGUGAUGAACUCCAAGCUGGGCCUGGACAUCGAGAUCGCCACCUACCGGCGCCUGCUGGAGGGCGAGGAGCACAGGCUGUGUGAAGGCAUCGGGCCCGUGAAUAUUUCUGUGAGCAGCUCCAAAGGCGUCCUCUACGAGCCGUGCGUGGUCAGCACACCCGUGUACUGUCCAGGGGGCCCCAGUGUCCUCAAGAGCAGCGGAGGCUGUAGCAUCGUGGGCACCGGUGAACUCUACAUCCCCUGCGAGCCCCAGGGGCUGCUCAGCUGUGGGAGUGGGCGGAACUCCAGCGUGAAGGUCGGGACUGGGGGCAGCCCUUCCUGCCACAAGUGUUAGGACAGCCCCAGAAGCUGGAAGCCCAGGGGACAGGGCACCAGCCCCCAGCCAGGGUUGUUGCCCUCCCACCAGGGUUGAAGACAAGGCUCUUCCAAAAUCCCGCCAUCCUGUACUGACUGAAGGUUUCUAUUGGGUUUCAUGGGAGCUGCCGCUCAGGUAUUUCCAAGGGUCACUUUUCACUUAGCUGUGUGCAGACCCCGAGCUAGGCCCUGGGGUAGGGGUGGGAUGCACAGAAAGAAAAGGCACCCCCACCCUGAAUCCCUGGCAUGCUCACAGUCAGGCUCUAGGGGGACCAAGAGAAGGGCAGAGGCCCCCAAGCCCUUCUCUUCCCCAUGAGAAAGCCAAAGGGACACAUCACAUCACAGUCCGCUUUGUGGAUGAUCUCAUGGAACAUUCCUUACACAUCCAGCCUCCCACACCCCCGACACUUCCCAUCUCUCUUACCUCCGCUGUCAGGCACCUAAGAAACGUGAACUCCUUUUAACGCCCACCUAAUACAUGCAUGAUUGCAAGUAUCAAAAGGAGAUACCUCAAAAUCCCAUUCCGAAUCCCAAAGCCAAGUGCCAGGAUUUCAGGAUCACUUGGGACCUGCCAAUGGUAGGCACACAGAAUCAAGAAGUGGUCUUGGGCAGUAAAUUUACCUGCUCAGGUGUGUGGCACUUGCCCUUUUGAAAAUACAUAUUUUUUCCUGAGCUCACACUGGCACCUGAUGGCUGAGAAAUGCCCAGCACAAAGGCAAAGGACAGGGAGUAUUUACUGAACAAAGGGACAAUCAAGAGCUGACACUAUUUGUUCAAUGGGAUCAAACCCCACCCCCACCCCCUGUACCUGGCUACCCUGUCCUGCUCCUUCUCCCUGGAGUUCCUUUUGCUUUGGGUCUGAUAUAAACAGGUCUUCCUGGCUCCAGUGAUGCAGGGCUCCCUCAGCAGACGUGGGGGCUCUGGCUCAUGGGCCCUGGGGGAAGAGGAGGUGCUGGGCUGACCCCACCUCCCCAGAGUCCCCCUUCAUCCCCUCACCCCUGCACAGCACUGUACCUGCAGAAGCUUCACCCACCCAGGGAUCCAUGUCUCUGCCAUGAGCCUCUGGGCUUGUCUAUUCCCAAUAAACUGACUGUUCACAGGC